AGCUGCCCCUGCCGGGAUCCAGACAAAAUAAUGAGAGCGGCCGCCUCGCGCUCCUUCGUGGCGCUGGGACUUCUGCUGGUUGCAGCAGCAGCAGCAGCGCAGCCCUCCAAGAACCGAAAGCCAGAAAGAACGAGGUCUUUUAAAUGUGGUGGUGUUCUAACUGGACUAUCAGGGUUUAUUGGCAGUGAAGGAUUCCCAGGAGUCUACCCUCCAAACAGCAAAUGUACUUGGAAAAUCACAGUCCCUGAAGGGAAAGUGGUUGUCCUUUCUUUUAGAUUCAUAGACUUGGAGAGUGAUAAGUUGUGCCGAUAUGACUUUGUAGAUGUGUACAAUGGCCAUGUCAAUGGACAGCGUCUUGGCAGAUUCUGUGGCACUUUGAAACCUGGUGCUCUGGUAGCCAAUAGCAAUAAAAUGUUGGUGCAAAUGAUCUCAGAUGCCAAUACAGCUGGAAAUGGCUUUGUUGCAAAGUUUUCUGCAGCAGAACCGCAUGAGAGAGGUGAUCAGUACUGUGGUGGACGACUGGAUAAGCCUUCUGGAUCCUUUAAAACUCCUAAUUGGCCCGAUCGAGAUUACCCAGCAGGAGUGACCUGCUCAUGGCACAUUGUUGCUCCAAAGAAUCAGCUAAUAGAGUUACAUUUUGAAAAAUUUGACGUGGAAAGAGAUAACUACUGCAGAUAUGACUUUGUGGCUGUGUUUAAUGGUGGGGAGAUUAAUGAUGCUAACCGAAUCGGGAAAUACUGUGGAGACAGUCCACCAGCGCCUAUUGUAUCAGAGAAAAAUGAGUUGCUUGUUCAGUUCUUAUCAGAUUUAAGCUUAACAGCUGAUGGGUUUAUUGGUCACUACAAAUUCAGACCUAAAAAGUUACAUACAACUGUAUCACCAACUACCACUACAACUCUCCCUGUCACACCAUCUUUGAAGCCUACAGUUGCCCUCUGCCAGCAAAAAUGCAGAAGGAACGGAACCCUUGAGAGCAAUUACUGUUCAAGUAACUUUGUAAUAACUGGAUCUGUUAUCACAACAAAUACUAGAGGUGGAAGCUUGCAUGCAACAAUAUCGAUCAUUAAUGUAUACAAAGAAGGCAAUUUAGCAAUCCAGCAAGCCGGCAAAAAUAUGAGUGCCAAGAUAGUAGUUGUCUGUAAACAGUGUCCAGUUAUCAGAAGAGGACUAAAUUAUGUUAUUAUGGGUCAGGUAGAAGAGGAUGGCAGAGGUAAAAUCUUGCCCAGCAGCUUUACUAUGAGUUUCAAGACAAAGAAUCAGAAAAUUUUGAACACCUUAAAAAACAAACGGUGUUGAAAUCCUGACCCCUAUCAGCUAAGACUACUCUUCAUGCCAACAAAGUUGCCAUUUCCAGAAACGUGGUAUGCAUUCUACAUUUUUGCAGCAAUUUAAUUCCUGUUGACUGAUAUUCCAGAUACAAAAAGAAACACCUAAACACCUUAAAUUUAUAUUUCAGAACUUUCAGCAAUACCAGACAGCCUGAAACAUACCAAAUUCUUUCAGCACAGAUACUCUUAAUUUAUACUUGUCUCAAAGUUUUCUAGAAAUGAGUUAUUUGAUUAUAUGAAUAAGUGCAAUAUUUAUAGUAAUUCAUUUUUAACUUAGCUUUUCUGUUUUAUUGCAUUAUCUUUUAUCUUAAUAAAAACU